AUGCGGUUAAUGAAGCGGUGCCAGAGGGGCGGAGACCGCCGAAGGCAGGAGUCUAAUCGCUUGAAUCCGAAUGUCCUCAAGCAGUGCAAAGAUGUGGAGCUCUCCUUCAGCGACGUCCCGGGCAAGCCUGAGGCCUUCAGAGGCACCAAGAAGGGGGUGCUGUACCUCACCCCCUACAGGAUGAUCUUUGUGGCCAAGGGCAAGGACCCUCUGCAGUCUUUCAUGAUGCCCUUCUACCUGGUGAAGGGCUGCUCCAUUGAGCAGCCUGUCUUCUCUGCCAACUACAUCAAAGGGCAGAUCCAGGCUGAGGCAGGAGGUGGCUGGGAGGGGCAGGGGACAUUCAAACUGACCUUCAACAGUGGAGGAGCCAUUGAGUUUGGCCAGCUGAUGUUCAAAGCUGCCUCCAAUGCUUCCAGUGGCGUGCCCCUCCAGAACCCUGGCUUUGGCUACACACCCGUGCCUGGAGGAUACCCCCCUGCUCCUGGGGGUUACCCCCCUGCCCCGGGGGGCUACGCUGCCCCUCCACCACCCAACGGGCCCUAUCCUUACCCACCACCCCCAGCCAAUGCCUAUGGACCUCCCCCCCAUCCCAUUACCACAGCACAGAGCACUGAGCCAGUGCCAUCUUUUUCAGGUCUUUACCCACCACUUCCAAACGCCGUGUAUGUGCCACCUCCUCCCCCCUACUCGGGGCCACCUCCUGCAGGACCCUCAGCCCCCCCAGCCUGGGUGGACCCAGGGAUGCCAGGUGGCAGUAAGGCCAUGGAAGCUGCUUCCAGUGCAUAUUACAACCCUGCCAACCCACACAACGUGUACAUGCCCAUGGACCAGCCACCUCCCUACACACCUCCUGAGGAUAAGAAGAACAACUAA